GGUGGCAUGUCUAAUGACAACUGCAUCAAUGGUCUCAUAGAAUGGAAGAGACAUAUGGAGGGGGUAAAAGCUGAACUAGUAGAAGAAAUGAGCUGCCACCUAAAAGAUCUCCUGGAUAAAGCUGUAGCAGAAGCUAUACGUUCAAACAAAAGAGACCAAGCCUCCGUACUAUCCUCAAAAAAAGACCACGUUAAUAAUAAUAAAAGGCACCAAGGAUCGAUUUCGGAAAAGCAAAAAGUAUUUAUGCAUCGUGCUUCUCUGUUGAAACUAUUUUUGGAUCUUGACCUUUUGUUCUACACCUUUGGACAGCUUAGCACUGUGGUGUGGUCAUGGCUCUGUCUAUUUAUGUAUACACUCCUAGUUCCCUACAGAGCCUUACAUGUUUUGGGAUCUAUGUACUCAGAAUCAAGCCAUCCGUUGUUGCUCUCUGGUUUAGUAGGAGGUCAGCUGCUUGUCUGCCAAAUAUCUGUUCUUGGUGUGCUGCCAAUAUAUGUUGUGACACAGUACAAGCUGCCUCCUGCAUCCAGCUUUAUUGUUAUCCUUGAGCAGGUUCGUUUCCUGAUGAAGAGCUACUCCUUUUUGAGAGAGUGCACUCCAUUGGUCCUGAGAAAGGAGAAAUUAUGGACCUGUUUUUUCCCUCCUAUAUCCCAAAGGUACAAGGCUAAUGCUAAGCACUCCUUCUGUCUUUUUAGAACUCCAUGUAUAAAAUGGAAUUUUGUGGCAAAGAAUUUUGCUCAAUUCCUUGGAUGUCUGUUUUUUGGGUACUAUCUUCUCUUCACCCUGUGCAUUCCAGUUUUCACUAACAUGAGCAAACAGCCAUUUAGCACUAAGACGCUGGUGUUGUCCAUCUUCCAUGCUACUCUUCCAGGUACAUUUGUGCUUCUGCUGUCAUUUUUUGCCUUCCUGCAUUGCUGGUUGAAUGCCUUUGCAGAGAUGCUUCGUUUUGCAGACCGUAUGUUCUACAAGGACUGGUGGAAUUCUACGUCAUUUUCAAAUUAUUAUCGCACAUGGAAUGUUGUUGUACAUGACUGGCUGUAUUAUUACGUGUAUCGAGACUUGCUUUCGCUGUGUAAGCAAUGGUACCGUGCUGGGGUCAUGCUGACGGUGUUCCUCAUUUCUGCCUCAGUUCAUGAAUACGUCUUUACAUUGUCGCUUCGCUACUUCUACCCUGUCAUGUUUUGCUUUUUCGCCAUAUUUGGAGUCCUCUUCAAUUUCAUGAUCAAUGAUAAACGUAAAAGCCCUGUCUGGAACGUGAUGGUUUGGACUUUCCUGUUUAUUGGUCAGGGCAUCCAGCUGUGCCUGUACUGCCAGGAGUGGUAUGCUCACAUUCACUGCCCUCUCACUGAGAAAACCUUUUGGGGAUUGGUGACUCCUCGAUCCUGGUCCUGUCGCUCAUAGCCAAGGAACCCUGGAUAGACCUAACACCAACAACACCAAAAAGGACUCUGCUUUGUAAUCAACAUUUCACCAGAGCCUAAAAAGUUUACAGUAGGAGUAAUUUCAGGGUGUAACAAUGUUUGCAAUAUGUCGGAGUCAAGAGCAAGAUCAAGAUCAAGAUGGAGCUUCUUACUUAUGAACUGUAUGGAUUCUAAAUAAAUAAACCAACAAAGUAUUUCCAUAAAUCCUGGUACAGGCCUUAUCAACCACAUGGGCCACCGUUCGAUCAGGUGCUAUAUUGCGACAACAUUUCCUGUAAUUUUGUGUUACUUAUAAUUCACAAGAAAUCAAGAGAUGAUAAAAUAGUAUUAUAGGCCUAUAAGGAACUGGUGUGAAGUUCCUUAUUCUGCAAAAAGGGCUAUAAGCUCAAGCUAAAAUGCAGAUUUGCACAUAAAAUACAUUGUGUAUUUUAUAGAAUCUUUAUUUUGGUUGUCAUGAUAAUCAUUUCAUCAGACAUCAGACUCAGAAUAAGAAAGAAGGAAGCCAACUGGUAUAGGGAAACAAUACUAUAUUUAUAUAUAAUACACAAAAGCCAUGAAUAUCUUGUAAAUUAUAUCCUUAUA